CAGAGUUUGGGGGUAUAAAACUGCAGUGACACCUCCACUCUGCCCCGCUCUCACUUCUCCCACAGAGGACCAGCUGACUGAGGUGCUUUCACUGACGUGAGGACGAGAACAUAUCAGACAACAUGGUGAAGAUCGGAGUCAAUGGAUUCGGACGUAUCGGUCGUCUGGUGACCCGCGCCGCCGCCACAGGAGGCAAGGUGGAAGUCGUGGCCAUCAACGACCCCUUCAUCGAUCUGGACUACAUGGUCUACAUGUUCAAAUAUGACUCCACUCACGGCGUGUUCAAGCACGGAGAGGUGAAGGCCGAGGGCGGCAAGCUGGUCAUCGGAAACAUGCACAUCAUGGUGUUCCACGAGAGAGACCCCGCCAACAUCAAAUGGAGCGAUGCUGGCGUGGACUACGUGGUGGAGUCCACCGGUGUGUUCACCACCAUCGAGAAAGCCUCUGCUCACCUGAAGGGCGGAGCCAAGAGGGUGGUGAUCUCCGCUCCCAGCGCCGACGCUCCCAUGUUCGUCAUGGGCGUCAACCACGAGAAGUACGACAACGCCAUGAAGGUUGUCAGCAACGCUUCCUGCACAACCAACUGCCUGGCCCCCAUCGCCAAGGUCAUCAACGAUAACUUUGGAAUCGUUGAGGGUCUCAUGAGCACAGUCCACGCCAUCACCGCCACACAGAAGACCGUUGAUGGUCCUUCUGGUAAGCUGUGGAGAGACGGACGUGGCGCCUCCCAGAACAUCAUCCCCGCCUCCACCGGAGCCGCCAAGGCCGUGGGCAAGGUCGUCCCCGAGCUGAACGGGAAAAUCACCGGUAUGGCUUUCCGUGUCCCCACCCCCAACGUCUCUGUGGUCGACCUGACCGUCCGUCUGGAGAAGCCUGCCAAGUAUGAAGAUAUCAAGAAGGUGAUCAAGGCCGCUGCUGAGGGACCAAUGAAGGGAGUUCUGGCAUACACAGAGGACCAGGUCGUGUCCACCGACUUCAACGGCGACCCUCACUCCUCCAUCUUCGACGCCGGUGCCGGCAUCGCUCUCAACGAACACUUCGUCAAGCUGGUUUCAUGGUAUGACAACGAGUUCGGGUACAGUAACCGUGUGUGCGACCUGGUUCAGCACAUGUUCACCAAGGAGUAAAGUCCUCUGACCACGCCUCCUUUCCUUCCCAUGAUUCCCUCCUCCUUCACCUGUGACCCCCGGGAGCAAACUCUUCUACGACAAACGCCUUGCUGAUGAUGAAACCUUUUUAUACUGCACAGUCUGGUCGGUUGCGUCGGAUGGCGAGGACCAGCGGGCGCCGUUUGUAGAGCUGAUUGGUGAUGUACUGAACGGUUUUGUUGCACUGAACAUGCACAGUGGCUCCUUUGCACUUAACAUGAUAAUAAAGCCCUCAGUUUGUGGAAAGA